CAUACACCGACAGGAGUGCGGCUGUCACUUGGCAACGUCGAUACGUCGUGCCGUCCCGCUCGCACAUCGCGAUGUGUUUCCGCACGCCAUAGUUGCGAUCUUCUUUUGUCCGUGACCAUUUUGAUCACACAUCGUAAGCAAGAUCUUUUACAGAUCCAUCAGAUAACCCGUGCAUAUACAACUGCAUUGUUUGUAUAUCCAGCAUCUGGAGGACCGCCAAGAGGAUCGUUUGCCUACUGUCGUGUGAAUACAAAGCAGUCGCUUUCGGAACACACUCUGGGAAUACUACAGCCCUGUUCGUGCAGACCACUACAUCCGCUUGCUUUUCGUAACGCACCUCGGAAACCACCCUACCCCAAAUCAAAAUGACUGAAAUGGAGGACACUCACUUCGAAACCGCCGAUUCCGGCGCAUCCCAGACGUUCCCGAUGCAGUGUUCCGCGCUGCGUAAAAAUGGUCACGUAAUGUUGAAGGGACGACCCUGCAAGAUCGUUGAAAUGUCAACAUCCAAGACCGGCAAGCACGGUCACGCUAAAGUCCAUAUGGUUGGAAUUGACAUCUUCACGGGCAAGAAAUACGAGGAUAUUUGUCCGUCAACACAUAACAUGGACGUCCCAAAUGUCAAGCGCGAGGACUAUCAGCUGACAGAUAUUGACGAUGGCUUCCUUGUGCUAAUGAGCGACAACGGUGACCUGCGUGAAGAUCUGAAGAUUCCGGAAGGUGAAUUGGGUACCCAGCUGCGUGCGGAGUUUGAUUCCGGCAAAGAGAUUGUUUGCACCGUCUUGAAAUCAUGUGGCGAAGAGACUGUGAUUGCCAUUAAAAACAACACCUCAGGUGAUAAAAACUAAUACUUCGUUGCCUAUCAAAACUAUCGACGCAAGAGAGGAGAAACACAGCAAAAGGAUAUAAUCAGCAACAUCAGCAGCCGCCACAGUGACAAAACAGUAAUAAUUGGCGGUAGCAGUAGCAACAGCAGCAACAGAAGAAGCAUUUUACAGCACAUACUACUACCAGCAGUACUACAGAAACUACUACUACUCCUCUUGCACCCAGCAAGAACAUCAAAAUUCGCCACCAACUGCAGCUAGAAUAAAAAAAAAACAAACAAACAAACAAAAUCAUAUUAGCAUACCAUCUUCUGA